AUUGUAAUAGGUCACAGUUUGAUACAGACCUUGUCUGUUUCGAAAUUUCCAUUAUACAUAUUUUACUAUCAGCACAAUGAGAUAUUUGGAAAUGAAUUUUGAUGUUAAUUAUUUUUUAAUGCAGUUACAUUUAUAUGUUAGGUAUGCAGAUGAGAUGGGAUUGCCCCAACCUGCUGCACCACGUGGACGGGACAGCUUUCCACCAAUAUAUUUACCUGGAAGUGAAACCUAUCUAUCUGUCCAUAAGAAAUACAGCCAAGUAUGUAUUGAAACAGAAAACCGAUGCCUAUCUGAGACCACUUUCAGAAGAAUAUGGCACCAGUGUCUCCCACACAUCCAGUUCAUGUCCUGCAAGACAGAUGUAUGUCACAAAUGUGAAUCCUUUAGGAAUCGGAUACAGAAGGCCAUCACUGAGGCAGAUAAAAUGGAGGCUAGCACAGACUUUGCAGAACACAUUUCAUCAGCCCAAAAGGAGAGAGACCAUUAUCGACAAAAAUGUCAUGCUGCUAUUGCAGGUCUUCAGGGUCAUCCAAAGUCUACUGUUCCUGUUCCUCCAACUUCCAUGGACCUAAAUGAUGUCCACUACACAUUUGAUUAUGCUCAAAGUGUACUUCUGCCCAGUCAUUGCAGACAGGAAGGAGCUUUGUACUUCAGGUCACCAUAUAAAGCUAAUCUAUUUGGUAUUUGCAAUGAUGGUCGGUCCCUGCAAACAAAUUAUUUGUUUGGCGAGGAUCAGUCCAUUGGUCUGGAUGGUGCCCAGAGCCACUCGGCCAAUGCUGUUGUAUCUAUGUUGCACCACUUCUUCGAAUACCAUGGGGAAGGAGAAAAAACUGUGUACUUGAAUGCAGACAAUUGUGGUGGCCAAAAUAAGAAUCAGGUUGUCACAAGCUAUCUGGCUUGGAGAGUGGCAAAUGGAUAUCAUGAUGACAUCCAUCUACAUUUCAUGAAGCCAUAUCAUGCCCGUUGUCUUGUGGAUGGGAUGUUUGGUAUUGCCCGAAGGAAAAUCAGACGCAAUGAUGUGGAUAGUUUGUCUGACCUGAAGAUGACAAUUCAUGCUUCAUCCACACAUAACCAGGCAGAUUUAUACAGUGAGAUGUCACCAAAUUCGUGGAUCUGGAGAGACUGGAAACAAUUCUUCAAGCCUGUAUUUAGAGCGGUUCCUGGUAUUGGGAAAUACCAUCACUUUCACUUUGCUUCCACCACUUCAGGAAUGGUUACUGUUAAAAAAGGUGUUGACGGGGAGACAACGCCAGUGAGGCUUGUGAAGAGGGGAAAGAUUAUUCCACAGGGUUUGCCAGUGAGACUGGAGGCAAAAGGUUUUUCCGCAGAACGUGCAUGGUACCUGUACAAAAAUAUCAGGCCUUUUGUAAAGGAUCCCUCUAAGGACCUUCUAUGUCCCCUGCCCACUGUCCCACAGCCCACCUCUAGACCCACCCACACAGAAGAAUGAACUGAAAGUUGAGAUCGAAAUUGUUAUUGAUGAAAACUUAAAAACUGUACUCAUGCUUUUAUUUUAUAUUAUGAAAUGAGCAUUGCUUGUUAGGAUACAGUUAAAUACAAUUUCAAAAUAAAUGUUUUAUCUUCUUACACUACAUGUAAUUAAUUGUAACAAUAUAAUCCUGAUGGAGUCCUGGAGUUCACUUUGCAAUCUGUUUCUACCAAAUAAAAUAUAAAAUGAUUGUUAUUUGUAUUAGGUAAGGGAUGUGACUGAUUGUUUUUGUAUUAGGUAAGGGAUGUGACUGAUUGUUUUUGUAUUAGGUAAGGGAUGUGACUGAUUGUUUU